CCGUAUGUAAAAAUAAAGUUGGAUAAGUUACGUGUGACAAUCUUUUUUUUUUUGUAAGGCAAACAAAGAGACAAUCUAGUGGCACCUGACUCAAGCAGACCAUUUCCGCCGUUGAUUAAUGUGCCUUCUCGGUUCAUAAAUAUGGGCCCCUCGCCUAGGUAGGGCUCACAAAGACGAUAAGUGGGGCUAGGGUUUUGUUUCUCUCUCUUCUUUUCCUUCUGUUCGUUCUUCUCUUAUUUAGUUGCAGCAAUUAUCUGUUUCAAUGACCGAUAGUCUGCGAAAUCUUACGCAACGCAAGAGAAGCACAUGCAGUCAACGUAUUCUUUAGCCAAAAUAAGAUAGGGUUAGGGUUUUGCAGUGUUCCUUCCAAAUCGGAAAUUGAAAAUAAGGAUCUUUCCUUUUGGGGUUGAGUCCUUUUCUUCUUUUCUGGGUUUAAUUCUACGUUUUGAGAUUCUAUUGAAUCCUUAAAACUUCAAAAUUUUUGCUUUUUUGUUGGGUUAUAGGUUAAAUAUGGGUAGGGAUGAACUCGAGAACAAUCACAACAUCGCCAUCAUCACCGACGAGGAGGAGCAGAGUGACAGAACCACUAUCCCCAACACCGAUUUUUCUCCGGAACCAUCGGUGGUGGACCAACCAAGAGCCGUACCGGAACCAUUGAAAGAAGAAUUUACAGAUUCAGAUGGCAAAGAAUUGGACAACUCUUCUCUCGCGGUCGUUCAAGUGCCAGAACCGGCAAAUCGUUCUCUGGUGGCUCGCAGGCCGUCCAAGGACCGCCACACGAAAGUAGAAGGCCGGGGCCGUAGGAUCAGAAUGCCAGCCACGUGUGCGGCCAGGAUUUUUCAGCUAACUCGGGAACUCGGCCACAGGUCCGACGGCGAAACCAUUAGAUGGCUCUUGGAGCACGCGGAGCCAGCCAUCAUUGAAGCCACUGGCACAGGCACCGUACCUGCUAUCGCAGUUUCCGUCAACGGCACUCUGAAAAUCCCCACAACCUCUCCGGCGAAACCAGACGGUGAAUUGCCUAGAAAGAGACGGAAGAGAGCGUCAAAUAGCGAGUUCAUUGAUAUGAAUGAACAGGGCUCGGUCUCUUCUGGGCUGGCACCAGUUACGCCAAUGACCUCACAAGGGCUGGUUCCUUUAUGGCCUAUGAGCACGUUUAUGUUGCCACAAUCAGGUAAUGGCCCAGCUGGGACCAACCAACCUCAAUUUUGGGCAAUACCAGCUAAUGCAGCCCCCUUUUUCAAUGUUGCGGCUCGACCCAUCUCGACUUUUGUGUCAUCAAUGCAGCCUGCGGUUCAGUGGGUUGGUUCGAUUGGGUCUGGUGGGUCUGCUACAAUGGCUUCAAGUCCCAGUUCAGCAACAAGUAGAAUUGCUGCUGGUGUUGCCUCUCCAUCAAAUACAACUGCAACUGCUCCAACACAGAUGCUUAGGGACUUUUCUUUGGAGAUAUAUGAUAAGAAGGAGCUUCAAUUCUUGGGUCACCCUGCUGAUCAACAGCACUAAACACAAUGAAGAGGAGUUUUCUUUUGGGGUUUCGUUGGGCCUUCGUUUCUAGAGAUUUUUUGUAAUCCUAAAAAUUUAGGAACAGAACAGGCCCUCUCGUUUAUGUUUUUUCUGGGUUUUAUUAGUUUAGUUGUUUUACUGGCUUUAUCCAUGAUAAACUAUGCUUGUAUAUUCUUAAA